AUGUCUGCUAACGAGUUAUUAGAUAAUUUACAGGUUAUAUUGAAAGCUGCAUCUACGAAAUGUUUCGUAGUAGAUGAAAAAUUUCCAAGUAAAUUUAUUGAGACAAACCCUUCAAAGAUAUAUCACUCCUAUGUCAAGUUUAUGACUAAACAUGUUGCAGAGGACGGGGUUUCUAUUAAAGACGAAGAAACGUUGGAACUAACUACUAUAUCACAGAAAUUCGAUGAACAUGCCUAUAAAGUAGAGAAGAAUGGGUUUUAUAAAUUGUAUCACGAUAUUACACUAGUAUGUCUCAAUUUAAUAAAUUUUUAUGCUCCAGGUUCUAGGUUCUACCAAAUGGUAGAUAAGUUCUAUAGAUUUGCAACUGAACUGUUAUUAAGAGAAUGUUACAAGAUUGGAGUACAAUUAACUUCCAUCGAGGACAAUAUUGAAAAAGAGGUUGAAGAGGAAGAGGAUGAUAAUUUAGAAAAAAAUGAAUUAAGUGAAGCCAUCUCAUUAGAUUUCAUAAAGAUAUCAACAUGUUAUAAAUUGCCAACGACCCAAACGUAUCACAUAAAGACUAAGGAUCAUGAUCUAUUUUCAUCAAUAAUUUCAAAAUCUAUCCUUGAUCAUCGUCCCCAAGAGCUUCCAAAUUCUCAUUUUGAAAUAAAUAAUAUUAUUCCACAAACAAAUUUAUUCGAAGAGGCACCAAGACUUGGAUUUAUUGCUGCUAAUACUAGUAAUAUCCCUGAUCCAACUUUACCACCAACUGAAAUGAUGUCUCGUUUCUUGCAUCCAAAUUGGUAUGCUUUGCCAACUACAACAUGGUUGAGCUAUGGGGACUAUAAGAGUUGGGCACCACCUUUCGAUGAAAAUGGAACUGUAAUGGACUCUACCACUCGUGGUGAGAUUUGGUUAAAGAAGCUAGGUUAUAAUGAAAUCAUAAAUGAAAAGGCUAAGGGAGAAGAAAAUGAGAAGUGCAUAACAACAUCUGAAUUAGAAGAAAAAGAUGAAACGUUGAAAUUAGAGGAUAAUAAAACUAAUGAUAGUACAGAGGAAAGCGAUGAAACGGAUACAACAAAGAUACAAGAGACAGACAACGGUAGCACAGAAACAGAAAAACCUGUAAUAAAACUUGAAAAUAUUUAUAAAUGGCAGCCUGGUAAUUACAUUGAAAAGGAUGAAAUUGAAUGUUUUGAGAAUGGUACUGAGGAUCAAUUAAUAAAUGAAAUUCUUUCAAAAAUUCAGGGUCUUAGAAAGAUAAGAAUCAAGAAGAAAAUAUCGAAGCCUACUAAUGAAGAAUCUAAGCUAUAUUACAAAGCUAAAAGAUUAUUGAAAGAGAUCGUUAUUAACAAGGAGAUAACGAACUUACCGAGGAACCAUGUAAGAUAUAUGCCUGUCUUACAAGCUAAUUACAAUGGUAGCAUACCAGUUGUGAGAGCACAGCCUACAAGAAGAAGGAAAUACAAGAAAUAA